AUGGGAACGGAGAGGCAGGCCAAAUUCAAAGAGUUGCCUAUCGAACCUCGUGGCAUUCUCUGGCAAGAUGACUUCAUCCAACCUGAACAUGAGCAACGCCUAAUCUCCAUCUUCCUCAAUGAACUUGAAUGGCCUGAUCGUUCCGGGCGCCUGUCGCUCCACUACGGCUAUACCUUCGACUAUAAGACAUUCGAUAUAGACCCGGAAAUUCCUUUUAAGAGGUUUCCAGACUGGCUCCAGUCACUCAUUCCAACAACCGAGGCUCGACCACCAGAUCAGGUCUGUCUGCAGUACUAUCCCCCGGGCGCUGGCAUCCCACCACAUGUGGAUGCACACGGCCCCUAUGAACAGCUUUAUGCGCUGUCUCUGGGAGCGCCGACUGUCAUGCAGUUUCGCAAGGGAGACAAGUCGGUUGAUGUUGAUUUAACUCCACGGAGUAUGAUGCAGUUCACGGGCGACGCGAGGCUGCAUUGGACUCAUGGUAUUCGAAAACGCAAGACAGAUACUCUUGCCGAUGGAACUGUGAGACCACGGGCUGGCCGGUGGAGUAUCACAUACCGGUGGCUGAGAGAAGGGGAAUGCGAAUGUGGGAAUAUUGAGCUGUGUGACGUAGCUCAGAGAAGGAAUGGAAUCGAGAAGGAAAAGAGGUCAGUGAAGCAGUUAGCAGCGAAUGCUAACUAG